GUUGGUUGCAUUGUAAAUUGUAGCUUUCUUCUGUCACUCUGUAGUUCCGUGUGUUUGCAGGUUAUAUCUGUGUUUUGCCGAGCAGAAUAUAUUUAUUUGAUUUGUUGUUUUGAGUGUACUUCUAUUGAUUAACUGGAUAGAUAAUUUUCAUAAUGGAAUCGAACUAUUUAAUAGAUGAACCCAACAGAGUUGCAGAUGUAUACAGAAAUUACCGACCUACAGUUACGCCAUUUGAAAUAGAAAGGCGGUUAGAUUUUAUUGAUAUUUCAGAAGAAGGCUAUGCAAUUUUGGGAUCUUCAAAUCUAAGUGGUAGAUAUUGGAGAGGAUCCGUGUGGUACUUCAAAAAUGCUUCGCUUGCGCCAAGAAAAGAAAGCUGUGCUACUGGGACUGAGUGUGAAUCAAGUGUUUGUGAAGGAAAAUUUAUUGAUGCCAAAAAAACGAUUAUUGUUGGAGAAGACUCAGGGGCUGUAACUGUAUUGGAGCUCAUUGAAGAAGAUGAUCAACCCAUCAGUUUGGAAGGGAAAAACUCGAGGCAUGACCACGACAGUUGUGUAUUGAGCAUAUCUGUUUCCUCUGACAAAUCAAGUGUGGUAACAGCGGGAAUGGAUCUGUGCAUAAAAGUCUGGGAUACCGAUGAACUGGUUCCUGCCCACACAUAUCGUUGUGCUCACUCACACCAUAUCAUGAAUGUCGCUUAUUCCACUGAAGCAGCCUCUGAGGUGUUUGCCUCGUGUGGUCUAGAUGGAGCUGCUUUGUUGUGGGACACACGGCAACCUAAGCCAGCUACAGUUAUCGUAGAUGAUCCAAAAGAAGGUUUAACAGCAAUUGCUUGGCAGAGUGGGGACUCAAAUACCCUCGUUGUAGGCUCAGCGUUUGGCACCGUAUCAAUGCUGGAUAUACGGACUCGUUCAGUGUUGAGGCAGUCGUAUCUUUUCCAGAGACCUAUAUACAAGCUUCUGUCCAUUGAGCCAAGUUCGCUAGCAACCUGUGCAGACUCACAUGAAGUGAUAGUGUUGGAUCCCUUAACUGAAGAUCUUAAAGUCAGGUAUAAGGAUGAAAGGCACACAGACUUUGUUCGGGGACUCAGCUUUGAUAAACAAUCAAGAACGUUGUAUUCCUGCGGUUGGGACAAACAAGUUAUUGCUCAUGCUAUUGAUCUUUGACAGGAGUUUCAGUUGUGCAAACCAAAUUGUUAUCUAUUCAUCCAACAAUAAUUCAACAACUGGUUCAAACUUGUAAUUACUUCAGAUCGUGGAAUUGAUCCAGUCUUGUUAGAUUUAUGUUACAGUUGUGUUAUUUAUAAUAAUUUGUACAUAAUGCUCUACAUAAUCCUGCCAUCAAAGUGCAUAUUUCAAGAACAAUGAAUAAUAAUACAUACUUGCAUAGUGCAAAUUAAAUUUUAACUUUUGUACAAUACGUAGUGUAAGAUAAAAGACAAGAUUUUGAGUAGAAUCUUGCUUAUGAGAAAUAUUUGUAAUCAAUUUUCCUUCACUUUAAAGCUAAGAUUAAAUUUAUACAGAUAUUAUUAUAUACUAAGUUUUGUUACUAAAACUUGUACAUGAGUGUAACCCAAAGAUUGUACUGUUACAUCCAGAACGCAUUAAACUUUGGAAAGUUUUCUAAUUA